GACCGCCCGGGAAUGUGCAUUGAAGUUCUCGGUCCUCUUAUAUCUUCUGGAAGGGCCAUGUGGACUUCAUCAUUCUGCAUCAGACAUCAGAAGAUAUGUAGUCUCAAAACUGCUCGACGUCAUUGCGCUGGAACAUCAUGUCGCCCAUUUAGUAGACGUGGUUCGGGCCUGGGCCUUCUGGAUACAGAAACUGUAUUUCUUCUUGCCUGGGUUGGUUUACGUGUGAUGCUGCAAGAACCCGAAGUGAUUCAGGAGAAUGUUGAAGGAUGCAGUCUUGAUGUAUUUGCAAGAUUUCUGCCAUUGUAUCACAUAGAUCGGCAUGUGGAUGAGCCUUGCAACUAUGGAUGGCCGGUUGCCAGGCCACGCCAAUACUUGAAGAUGAGACACAAGGUGAAGAUUCUAGAUCAAAUCUCACCUGUAUCAACCUUCUGCAAGAGAUUUUGGCGUGCAGUGAGCUUCUCCUGGCAUGAGAUCAUGUGCUUCCAUGAAUCAAGAUUGUGGAACAAGGGAGUCAUUGAUCAAGAGAUUGACAAGGAGCUGGAUUGGGCACAAUGUCGACCCAACGGCAAGGCCCAUGGUCAAGCGCCUUUGGUUUACGGCAAUGAGCGAGAGCUCUUCUUGGCCGCAUUGACUGAGAGUGAAACCAUUCAGUGGGAAGCUUACAAAGCCAGAUGGCCAGGAUGCGCGGGUCAGCUCAACCAAGAUGCUAUGUCACCUCAUGCGACACACAGCACAGAGUGGUGCUUGCACACACUCAUAGCUAACUGUGGUCUGAUUAUGUCAGACAAGGUGUGUCCACAACGCUGGCUAUUGGCAUCUGAAUGCCUACUGGCUCAGGGGUUCCCGAUAUUGGAGGGUUGCUUUGGUGGAGCUACGUUGUUGUGCAGCUUCAACAUGAAACGUGAAGAUCGGAAUUCAAGAGUAGUCCGUCAGCAAUGCGGAGACGCAAUGAAUAUCCAGGUGAUGAGUGCACUCUUCUUGCAUUCUUUGCUGUGCUACCGGUGGCAAAAGCCUAGUGCUUUGAUGAAGAGUGUUCACUUGGGCAGACAACUGCUAUGCCAGAGUAUCCGUGAAGCAAAGGGGCAAAAACGAACUCGUGUGGUUUCCAAAACCUCCUUGGGCAACAUUUUGGAAUCAGCGCGCGCGGAAUGUGGAAAUGAUGGCCGACAGGCCAAGCCACAUACACAGAGCUCAGCCGCCAAUCAAGACACUACCACUUCCGCCACGUGUUCGUCUGCGCCUGCAUCAUCAUCAGCAGGACCAGGACCAACAACAUCCAUGUGUGGAAGUAGUCGCUUGACUUCAGCGUUGGUCCUUGCGCGUCGCGCUCGUGGUAAGCAGCCAGAUCGGAAGAGAAUGACUGACUCUCGCUGA